AUGUCCAGGCGUAUCGAGGCGUUUGUGAAACCCUAUCGUGGUAGUGGCGAUGAUUUCGAGGCCUUCUGGUCUAAGUUUUUAGUAUUAGCGAACCUCCAGCAGUGGAGUUCGAGCACAGACAAGAUGAACAAUUUACCGUUGUUUCUGGAGAACGAGGCCUACCUGGUGUGGGACGAGCUUUCGUCAACCGACAAAGCUGACCCGGAUGCGGUGAAAGCAACUUUGAAAAGUGCAUUCAGUACGACGCCUGCUGCGUCUUUCCAGAAAUUUCGUGCCCGCACGUUGCGGACCGAUGAGAGCGUCGAGGGGUACGCUGCAGACUUGAAGAAACUGCUAGUUGGUGCUGGCCAGAAAGUCGCGAGUGACGGCAAAGACCGUGUAGUCAUCGAGCAGUUCGUUGCUGGUUUGCCCUGGGAGUUUCAACGCCAGUUGCGAAUAAAUUGUUCCAUGGAGUCUGUAUCUGACUGUAUUGAGUAUGUCCGUCGCUUGCGGAGCGCGGAGGGUACAUCUCGUCCGAAAGAGCCGGUUGGCGCUGCGGCUGCUAGCUCCCAACGCAGCCGGAAUGUUUUAUGUUUUCGUUGUAAUCAGGCUGGACAUAUUUCCCGCAAUUGUCCCGCAAACCGGAGUUCUGGCAGCAGCAGAAGUCAUGGCAAUGGUGGUGGGCGGCCAGCUUUGACCUGUUUCUUCUGCGAUGAGACAGGUCACGUGAAGCCAAACUGUCCGGAGUACAAGAAGUGGCGCCAGUCCCGCCAGCAGUCUGACACGUCCUGGCGUGCAAAGGAGUCUGAAGUGCAGGCCGCAGCACCUGAGCGCACGCCUGAUCCAUGCCUCUGUGUGCCUGAUGCGAAUGCAUGCUCUUUGCCGCGUCUCCAUGUGGAUAUUGCUGUGGGAGAACAGUCUGCUCGCCCUAAGGCAGUCGUGGACACCGGCGCCAGCCGCAACCUGGUGAGCCGGCAGCUGGUGGAGGCCCUGAAUGUGGAUGUUCGUCCGUCCGAACUGGCAAUUUCGGCUAUUGACGGCAACAGUGUGCCUAUCCAGGGUGAAGUUUCGCUACAGGUGUCCAGACUCGAUGAUGCUGUUUAUCUGCCAUGCACUACGAGUCGGUUUCUCGUCGUCCCUGAUUUGCAUGCCGUUGGCUCAGAUCUGGUCAUUGGCCUGGAACUGAUUUCCGCACUGGGCGGUGUUGACGUCCAGUAUGAUCAUGGCGUGCUCACUGGUGUGACGUUUGGCACGAAACCGCAGACCAUUGACCCAGUUGCAGCUCCACCCGAGAGGUCGACCCAUGACCAUCCAUAUGGGCAUGUGACAGUUACCAGAGAUGACGAGGGUAAUGUCACCCUAGCAACGGAUGAUGGCCAAGUGUGCUGGGACGCUGCUCGUAAGAGAUGGGAGCUGACCUGGAAAUGGCAAAGUGGGAGCGAGCCUCAGUCGCCCGUUGGCUGUGGCAUAGGCGAGUACUCUCGCUCGAAACUGACUGAUGAGCAGGAGACCCUGUUCCAGCAGGAGGUCCGGACUUGGAUUGACAACGGCUGGCUGCAGCCGUAUGAUGUGGACCAACAUGGCCAGCCCAAGUGUGUGCUGCCUUUCCUUGCUCAAGUCCAGGAGCACAAGUCGUCCACUCCAGUUCGCCCUUGCUUGGACUAUCGCAGGCUGAAUGCCUGCAUCAUCUCACAUCCUGGCUCAGAAGCACCUGCCUGUGGUGAGAAAUUACGGAAGUGGCGGCAGGCUGGACCUGCAUCUGAGUACGUUCUCCUGGACAUUCGCAAGGCCUACUUACAGGUCCAUGUCGCACCAUCAUUGCUGCCAUACCAGGUUGUCCUCGUCGACGGCCAGCGUUACGUGAUGGAACGGAUGGCGUUCGGUCUAUCCAUUGCCCCCAAGUUCCUAGACAUCAUAGUGAAGUGGGUCUUGCGUGACGUGGUCGAUGCCGACAACUACGUGGAUGAUAUCCACGUGCCGCGUGACCGUGCUGCCGAAGUGUCCUCUCAGCUUGCUGCGUUUGGUUUUGAGACCAAGCCUGCAGAGCCAUUGCCUGAUGCCCGUGUUCUGGGCUUGCAGCUCCAUUCUAGCGCCACGGGUGAAGUCUUGUGGACCCGUCGUCAGGGUGUUGAUCUGUCUGUUCCACCCACGACUACGAAGCGGGAACUCUUCAGUUGGUGCGGUCGGGCGCUCAGCCAUUAUCCCGUCUGCUGUUGGCUUCGUCCGGCCUGCAGCUUCUUGAAGCGCCUCGUGUCUGGCCAGUCCGCAUGGGAUAAGCCUGUCUCUCCUGAAGUACAGCGGUUCCUCCAGGAACUGUCCGAUCGCUGUGUGCGAGAGGAUCCUGCUCAUGGUACGUGGCAUUCUUCCUCUACUGGUUCUGGUUUUGUUGUUCAUUGCGAUGCCUCUGAUGUUGCUAUUGGUGUUGUUUUGGAGUGUGAUGGUUCUGUCCUGGAAGAUCGUUCUUGGCUCCGGCAAAAGGACGACCGGCGUCAUAUCAAUCUUGCUGAGUUGAAUGCUGCCUUGAAAGGCCUCGAGCUGGCUAUUGAUUGGAAUGUCUCUUCUGUUGUGCUCAAGACAGACUCUAAGACUGUCUUUGGUUGGCUCCAGGCUGUGUUGCGCAAUACUGAACGGGUGCGAGUUAGUGGUUUGCAACAUGUCUUGGUUCAACGUCGUCUGCAGAUCUUUACAGAUUUGAUUGAGGCAUCCGGUAUUUCGGUCACAGUGGAAUGGGUGCCAAGUUCUGAGAAUCAUGCUGAUGUACUGACUCGUGUUCCGCAGCCGUGGGUUGCUCAUGCUAAGAAGUUGUGUUCUUCUGCUGAUGUCGCUGCUUCUGCCCCCUCUUCUACACUUUCACAUCCAUUGGAGUUUGACGUGUUGAAGUCUGGUCAAGCUACUGAUGAUGCUAUCCAGAGCGUUAUUCGCGAUUUGUCUCGUGACGUCUCUGUUUCUGAUCCGUCGUUCUGCAAGUUUCGUAAGCAGUUGUGUGUUAUUGAUGGUCUAUUGUGUCGCACUUGGCGUGACCCCGUCGACGGUGAGGUACUGGUUCCUGUUGCACCGCAAUCCACCGUUCCCGCUUUGAUUACUGCUGCUCAUGCCAAUACAGGUCAUGGCAAUUGGGAAACUAUGUGGCGUUCUCUGUGUCAGUCUUGUUUCUUUCCAGGUAUGUCUUCGCUAUGCCAGGCCUAUGUGCGUAAUUGUCAGGCCUGCCAGGCUGCCAAUCCCCGCAGUGGUCCACCAGCUCCUGCUGUUCAGAAUGACGUUCCUGUCAAGCCGUGGGACAUUGUCCAGAUCGAUACACUGGAGCUCGGUGUCAACCAGACCGGUCAGUACCAUUGUGUGUUAGUGGUUGUCGAUAUGUUUUCCCGUUGGGUCGAGGUGGUACCCUUGCGGCGUCAUGAUGGUCGCUCUGUUGCAGAGGAAUUUCUGCGUCUCUGUUUGAAGUUUGGUCCGCCGCGUGUGGUGCGUUGCGACAAUGGUCAUGAGUUCCGCAAUGCUAUUGUGUCUUCUUUGUUGGAUGUGUUUGGUGUUUGCGUUCGUACUGGUGCGGUCCGUCACCCUCAGUCACAGGGUGGCGCCGAGAGAUUCAAUCGUACUAUUCUCACUCUUAUUCGCAAGGUGUUGGAUACUGCUGCCGAUUGGCUAGCCGAGCUAGAGAUUCUCCUCUUCUUCUACCGUACUCGUCCGCAUAGUGAAUUGAAGAUUUCUCCCAUGCGUGCUAUGUUUGGCUGGGAGCCUCGUGCUCUAUUUGUGGACGGUAUACCAUCUACUCUUUCGUCCUCUCUUUGGGUUGAUGGUGUGUGUGAUAAGGCUGCUCGGGUUCACGACUAUUUGACGGCGGUUGUUGCAGAGCACGCCCCUGCGCCUGUUGUUGAGUCGCCUUCUUGUCCGUAUGUUGUUGGUGAUCGUGUUCUAUUGCGUAACCCUGAUCGUCGCCAGAAACGUCAGCCCCCGUUCGAUUCUGGUUGGUCAGUUAAACAUGUUAUUGGUCCUGCCAGUGUUGUGAUUUGCCGUGUGCAUCCUGAGUCAGGUCGUCGUCAGGAAAAGGUGGUCAAUGUCGAGCUCUUGAAGCGUGAUGUUGGUUUGGUUGUUCCUGAUGUGCCGUGUGUUCCUCUAGUGCCCCCGCCUGAUGUUGGCGAUGUUCGCGUUGAUGGUCCUCGUGAUGAUGGUGAUGAUGAUGGUUGGGUGCUAAGACAAAUACACAUUGGCAUCAACAAGAGACUGCAACGUAUCUCAUGCAAUGAGGAAGUGUUCAACGAUGCUAAAACGUUAUACGAGGACGCACUGGCCUCAAGUGGCCACCCAAAAACCAUAACAUACACGGAUGAACUGAGCAACAAGAAGAAAAAAGCGAAGAAAGGGCGCAGCCGCGAUGUCGUCCGGUUUAACCCGCCGUACAGUACCACGGUCAAAACCAACGUUGGCACAAAGUUUCUAUACCUUGUCAAGAAACACUUUCCUGAAGGGUCGGCGCUACACAAGGUGUUUAACAAGAACACAACAAAAGUAAGUUACAGCUGUAUGAAGAACGCAGCGUCGAUUAUCAAAGGGCACAAUGCUGGAAAACUUCACUCGCGACCGCCAGUUGUGCCAUCGUGCCCCCUCAACGGUGACUGCCAAUCUUCCGACGUCGUGUACGAGGCGCAUGUAGCAUCCAACGAAGUUAAGACCUACGUCGGCAUGACAGCCACCACAUUCAAGCAGCGCUACAACAAACACACUUCUGACUUCCGCCAUGAAAGGUACGCCGCAUCGACUAAGUUGUCCAAGCACAUCUGGGAUCUGAAAAACGAGAACCGCGGAUUCGACAUCAGAUGGGAGAUCAAGGUGGGAGCACCUUCAUACAGUAACAUCAGCAAGAAAUGUGGACUAUGCCUCACCGAAAAGUUCCACAUCCUGAAAGCUUCAAAAGCUGCCUCCCUAACCAAGAGAAGUGAGCUGGUAUCAUAA